AGUCAGCAACACUUAAAAGCAGAAGGGUGACCUGACCUCUCACAAAUUGCGGUUAACGAAAGCCUAAUUACAAAAUAAUAGUAAUACCUUAAAAUUUGCCGUUAAAAAUCUCUCCGUAACGUAACGUCGGUUAACGCGCUCCUCUCAAAGUCUACCUUACCGGGAAUAUCACGUUACGUCAUCACCCUUACCCGUUUUCAAACCCUUUCCCCUUAUCAUGCGGUUCAUGCUUUUCUCGUCGGCCGGCGCUUUUACAUCGCCGCUAUUUCUUUUCUCCUCUUUUCCCAUUUUCUCUCUCUUCUUCAAUUUCUACUUUCUCUCUCCUCUGAUUUUUCUCCGUUCGCCUCCAUAGCCACAAUUUAAGCCGACCUUCUGGUUUUUCCUUUGUUUCAUCUCAUCAAUGGCGGAAAAUCCGGAUUCUUCUUCGACUCCUUCGUUGGCGAUGAUUUCUUCUAGACCUGCUCCGGCGAGAGAAGAUUGUUGGAGCGAGGAUGCUACUUCUACUCUCAUCGAAGCAUGGGGACAACGCUAUAUCGAGCUUAAUCGUGGAAAUCUGCGUCAAAAACAAUGGCAGGAGGUUGCUGAUGCUGUUAAUAGUCGCCAUGGACAUAUUAAGAAAGCUAGGAGAACGGAUGUUCAGUGUAAGAAUCGGAUCGAUACUUUGAAGAAGAAAUACAAGAUUGAGAAAGCUAGGGUUUUGGAUUCCAAUGGUAGUUAUAAGAGUCCUUGGCCUUUUUUUACUCCUUUAGAUCAACUUAUUGGAUCUACUAUGCCGUUAAAGAAACUAUCUCCGUCACCUCCGAUGGCGGUUCCUCUUGUUUCUCAUCGUACUCCUGCGAUUGUUCCUCAGAAGAGGCCCGCACCUUCUCCGUCUCCUUCGAUUCCUUCUUCGGCUCCGUUUCGAGGAGAGGAAUCUUCAUAUUUCCGAAAGAAUUACUCUGCGAUUGCUGCAGCCGCUGCUGCUGCAGCUGAUAGCGAGGAGGAAGACGAGGAAGAGGAGGAGGAAGAAGAAGAGGUGGAGGUGAGUGGUGGAGAGAGUAGUGAAGCGGAUGGGAUAAGAAAAUUAGCAAGGGUGAUUGAGAAGUUUGGGGAGGUUUAUGCAAGAGUUGAGGGGGAGAAGCAAAGACAAAUGAUCGAGUUGGAGAAACAGAGAAUGCAGUUUGCUAAGGAGUUGGAAUGUCAGAGGAUGCAGAUGCUUGUUGAAAUGCAGGUUCAGCUUGAGAAGAUUAAGCGUGCUAAGAGAUCCGACUCUAAUGAUAUGUAUAGCUAGCGUCUUACCAAAGCCCACCUGAUGUCUGGUUCGAAAUCUGAUUUACAAAACACUGUGCAACCCAGAACUAAGAGUUCAAACCGCUAAGGGUGGAAGAUAUUACCAGUAAUUGUAUAAUUGUCCUGGACACGAGGUAGGAUGACUUACGAACUAAGUUUGUACUGUAAUGAUGAGUUAAACACCUUCAAAUUAUAUUUGAUCUGAAAUGACUUUAUUCUUGGAUCAUUGCCCAAUAUGGGUCUGAUCUUUUUGUAAUUUGAACGUUUGUGUUGUACGCUAUUAAGUCUCCUGUAAGAUCUUGUUGGUCUUGCUUCAUUGAAAUGAAUGUGCAGUUUGAUUUAGUCUAAGUUUCAGUCCGCAUUGUGCAUUUGAGUAGAGACAUAGAGAGAACCGGGAUUUUCGGGUGGAGAUCAUUUAAGCUCAAGGAGAGUCUACUAUCCUGGGGUUUCAACUGUGCAUUCUCUUCAUAUUCUUUGUGAUGAACAAGUAGGUCUUUUUGGGGAACCAUUGUGCAGUUUUUCUACUGAAUGUCUUUAAUGUCUCGUCUAAAGAGUGACGAUUCUCUAAUGAAAGCCAUGAACGUGUAUUUACUUGAGGAUUAGAUGUGCAACUGUUUAAUACCAAGGCGACAAUAAAAUUUUACUAGCCCACAAUUUCUUGAAUUUUUUCCCUAAAAAUUGCUCCCAUGCAACAAUAUUUCCACCUUGAUGGAAAGAAACAAACUUGUUGCACCGUACACGUAGGACUUUACGUGGGUUUUAAAGUUAUUCUUUGAAGGUAAAUCGCCAUUUGAAGUAAUGAUUUGCCUUAAACAAAUCGGUAUUUCAGUUAG